UAAUGUGUCUGUGGCUGGGCCUGGGAUCCCCGGCCAGGGGACUUCCUCUUCCUCUCAGGGCAGGUGUAGCUGCCACAGCACGACCAACACCCUGACCCUGUCAUGGAUGGGGGCAAGGGGCCCAGACUCAAAGACUUCCUGAGUGGGAGCCUGGCCACCUGGGCACUAGGACUGGCCAGCCUGGUGGGAGAGGCCGCGGAGCCCGAGGGGGAAGAGGAUGAGGAAGGAGAGGGGCCCUUUUGCCCGGAGAAGAAGCUCUUGCAUCUCAGCGAUGGGGCCUUACUCCUCCGGGUGCUGGGCAUCAUAGCUCCUAGUUCUCGAGGUGGACCUCGGAUGGCCAGGGGCUGUGAUGGUCCUGCAGCCAGGCGGGUGCGAAACUUGAACCACCUGUGGGUCAGGCUGAGGGACUUCUACCAGGAGGAGCUGCAGCUGCUGAUCCUGUCGCCGUCCCCAGACCUCCAGGCAUUGGAGUCUGACCCCUUCUCAGAGGAGGCGGUGGAGGAGUUGGAAGGCAUCCUCCGGCUGUUGCUGGGGGCGUCAGUGCAGUGUGAGCACCGGGAACUCUUCAUCCGACACAUCCAGGGCCUCGGUCUUGAGGUCCAGAGUGAGCUGGCUGCUGCCAUCCAGGAGGUGACCCAGCCUGGGGCAGGUGGGGUGCUGGCGCUGGCUGGGCCUGAGCCUGGGGAUCUGGAGCCACCAGAGCUGGAGAUGCUGUUCCGGAACCUGAUGGGGGCUUUGUUAAGGCUGGCACGGGAGCGUGAUAUGGGGGCCCAGCGUCUGGCUGAACUGCUGCUGGAGAGAGAGCCAGCCCCCUUGUUGCCAGAGGCUCCUGCCAGGAGUCCCCCCGAGGGCCCAGCACACCACCUGGCCCUGCAGCUGGCCAACACCAAGGCCCAGCUGCGGCGCCUGAGGCAAGAGCUGGAGGAGAAGGCCGAGCUGCUGCUCGACUCCCAGGCGGAGGUGCAGGACUUGGAGGCCGAGAUCCGAAGGCUCCGCCAGGAGGCCCAGGUGCUGUCGGGACAGGCCAAGCGGGCCGAACUGUACCGCGAGGAGGUGGAGGCCUUGCGGGAGCGGGCCGGUCGCUUGCUCCGCCUGCAGGAGGAGCUGCGACGCUGUCGCGAGCGGCUACAGGUGGCGGAGGCCUGCAAAAGCCAGCUGGAGGAGGAACGGGCGCUCUCCGGGGCUCUGGAAGCCUCCAAGGCGCUUCUGGAGGAGCAGCUGGAGGCUGCUCAAGAGCGCUGUGCUAGGCUGCAUGAGACUCAGCGUGAGAAUCUGCUGCUGCGGACCCGUUUGGGCGAGGCCCAUGCGGAGCUGGACACUCUGCGGCAUCAGGUGGACCAGCUGGCAGAGGAGAAUGUGGAGCUGGAGCUGGAGCUUCAGCGGAGCCUGGAGCCACCUCUGGGCUUUCCUUGGGAGGCAUCUGUGCCAGGAGCAGCUCCCUCACUUCAUGAUGAAGUGAGAGAGGCAGAGGCUGGGCGGCUGCAGAUCCUGGAGCGGGAGAAUCGGGAGCUUCGGGGUCUGCUACAGUUGCUACAAAGGCAGCCUGGGGGCCAGCGCCCCCUGCUGGAGGAGCAGAGCGAGGACUCCUUGGUUGCAGAGCUGGAUGGGGCUCCUCAGACUUGCCUGGCCUCAGACCUGGGCCCCCAGGGUUUGGCUGGCCAGGUGGAGGAUGAAGGCACCCAGGCCUCGGACCCGGCUCCCCCGGUAUCAGACUCCGCCCUUGAGAGAUUAGCUGUGCAUCCCCAGGCUUCUGAUUUAGACCUGCGGGUGAUAGAGAGGCCCCUCCAGCUGGCUGCCAUGGCCCCCCAGACCUCAGACUUGACGCUCCAGGAAUCAGGCCCCACUGUAGCAACACAGAAGUGCCCAGAGAAUGCUGGCCAUGGAGCCCUUCUCCAGAUUCCCACCUCUGUGGUCUCGCUUCAAGGUCCAGGGCUGGAAAUUCAGGCCGAGCUGUUGGGAGGAGAGGCUGGAGAGUCAGGGCCCAAAGCCCGGGAGGGCCCUGCAAGCAAGCCUGGACCCCCAGAGGUCAGCCUACGUGUGCAACUGGAGGAGCAGGAGACCCCAGGCCAAGGGCUGGAACUACCCAAAGGGCAGAGAGAUGCCAGAGGGGAUGAACAGAAGCUGGAGGGGAUGAUUGGUGACCCAGCCCAGCAAAAUCCACAGCAGGAGUCUGAGGGGGCUCUGGAGGCACAGACCUGGCAGGGGCCAAUCUCAGGGGAGAUCUCGUCUGGUGGAGUCCCAGAGCAAGAGGCCCUGAGGGAGGAGGUGGCACAGCUCAGGAGAGAGGCUGAGGCACUUCGGGCGGAGCUAGAGGCCCAGGCCCGGAGGCUGGAGGCCCGAGGCAUGGAGGCUGCCCGCCUCUCUGAGGAGCUGGCUCAGGCACGGAAGACAGAAGCCGAGGCCCACAGGGAGGUGGAGGCCCAGGCCCGGGAACAGGCUCGGCUGCGGGAGGCAGUAGAGGCAGCAGGCCGGGAGCUGGAGGCUGCGUCUCAGGAACGAGAGGCACUGGCAGAGGCCCUGGCAGCCGCAGGCCGAGAGCGGAGACAGUGGGAGCGCGAGGCACCCAGACUCCGGGCCCGGGCUGAGACAGCUGAGGAGCAGCUGCAAGAGCUGGAGAGCCAGGAUCGCCGGCACCAGCAGGAGGCUGAGAGGGAGAGGCAGGCCCUCAGGGAGGAGCUAGAGAAGGCGAUGGUGCGGGGCCGGGAGCUGGGAGCCCGGCUGGAACACCUGCAGAGUGAGCUGGAGCAGGCGGCUCUGGAACGCCAGGAAUUUCUGCGGGAACAAGAGUUCCAGCACCAGAGGUACCAGGGCCUGGAGCAGCGACUGGAAACAGAGCUGCAGGCAGCGGCCAUCAGCAAGGAGGAAGCCCUGAGGGAGCUCAAGACCAGGGCCCUGCAGCUGGAGGAGGAGCUGGUCCAGCUGCGCCAGGGCCCGGAGGGGCUGGGGCCAGAGGGGCACGCUGAGCCCAGGACCCUACAGGCCCAGAGUGGGCGGCUCAUCGAGGUGGAGCGCAGUAAUGCAACACUGGUGGCCGAGAAGGUGGCUCUGCAGGGGCAGCUGCAGCACCUGGAGGGGCAGCUGGGAAGCCUGCAGGGGCGUGCCCAGGAGCUCCUGCUGCAGAGCCAGCGUGCGCAGGAGUACAGCAGCCGCCUGCAGGCUGAGAAGUCUGUGCUGGAGAUGCAGGGCCAGGAGCUGCACAGGAAGCUGGGGGUGCUGGAGGAGGAGGUGCGGGUGGCACGGCAGUCCCAGGAGGAGACCCGGGGGCAGCAGCAGGCUCUGCUGCGGGAUCACGAGGCACUGGCACAGCUGCAGCGGCGGCAGGAGGCCGAGCUGGAGGGACUCCUGGUCCGGCACCGCGAUCUCAAGGCUAACAUGCGGGCGCUGGAGCUGGCCCAUCGGGAGCUGCAGGGCCGGCAUGAGCAGCUGCAGGCCCAGAGGGCCAAUGUGGAGGCCCAGGAGGUGGCCCUGCUGGCAGAGCGGGAACGCCUGAUGCAGGAUGGGCAUCGGCAGCGUGGACUGGAGGAGGAGCUGCGGAGGCUGCAGAGCGAGCAUGAGAGGGCUCAGAUGCUGCUGGCAGAGGUGUCGCGGGAGCGGGGGGAGCUGCAGGGAGAACGUGGGGAGCUGCGGGGCCGGCUGGCGCGGCUGGAGCUGGAGCGGGCACAGCUGGAGGUGCAGAGCCAGAGACUGCGUGAAUCCAACCAGCAGCUGGACCUGAGCGCCUGCCGGCUGACCACGCAGUGCGAGCUGUUGACAGAGCUCCGGAGCGCUCAGGAAGAGGAGAACCGGCAGCUGUUGGCUGAGGUGCAGGCGCUGAGCCGGGAGAACCGGGAGCUCCUGGAGCGCAGCCUGGAGAGCCGAGACCACCUACACCGGGAGCAGCGCGAGUACCUGGACCAGCUCAACGCAUUGCGCCGUGAGAAGCAGAAGCUGGUGGAGAAGAUCAUGGACCAGUACCGAGUACUGGAGCCUGGGCCCCUGCCCCGGACCAAGAAGGGCAGCUGGUUGGCAGACAAGGGUCCCCCUCACCAGCACCCAUGCGCCGGGCCCAGAGCUCCCUCUGCCUGCGGGAUGAGACCCUGGCAGGGGGGCAGCGGCGGAAACUCAGCUCACGAUUCCCUGUGGGGCGAAGCUCUGAGUCAUUCAGCCCCGGGGAUACCCCCCGGCAGCGAUUCCGACAGCGUAGGCCAGGCCCCCUGGGUGCACCCACAUCCCAUGACAAAGGACCAGGCGUGGGAUGGGAUGGCUCCAUUGAGACCCUAUCUGAAAACCAAGCAGAUGCCAAUGGAGAGGGCCUCGAGGUACAGGAGCCGGAGAAACACCCUCUCGCCCCUUCCCUCAGUCAGUGAUACCAUGUGGACUGGGGGCUUGGGCUUGGGAUCUUCUCACCACUGGAGUCCCAAUCGGGGCCCCCGGCAGCCUAGGAAUGCGGGGAUCCGGGCCACCUGGAGCCCCUCUGUGGGCAAGGAGGCCUGGGCCCCCAGCUCCUCCAAGGCCUGCCCUGGGGCCCUGAGAUGGAGCUGGGAUAAGCCUGUGGACAGAGGGGACGGCUGGCCCCCACAAGCAGCUCCUCGCCAGGGCUCUGGCUCUCCCAUGCGGCCCUCACUGAGGAGGCCAUCUCUGGGUGACCCCCCAGCGGAAGGCGACGGGCAGAAGUGGCCAAGAGAGUCCCCUGUCUGGUCUGGGCGGGGAGCCAAGGACCAUUCACCGGGGAAGGUGACCUGGGCCCAUCUCUGAGCCGUAGCUGGGAUGCAAGGGCCAUGAGAAUAAAGCUGGGAUGCCACCACCUGAA